AUGUGCAACUCAAGCCAGAAAUCCUCUUCUUCCUCAAGAUCCUCCAAAGAAUAUCUCUCCACACCAUCAGCAUCCUCAAAAUCAAACUCGACCUCAUCCUCUGCCUCUCAAAGGGCCCAACAGGGCUCAAGUGCCUCACACUCUUCAUCUUCAUCCGCAAUCUCAUCCUCAUCGCAGUCAUCCCAAACGGAUUCAGCUGAACACAAGCAUCAAGGUGAAGCAAUCAAGCGAUAUGAGAACGAACCUAGAGAUUACAAGUCUUGGGUUGUGGAGGAAUACGAUGUACAUCAGCAACAAGCGAGCGAAGUGCAUUGGAAUGAAGUGGAGAGAGAUCUCCAAGGUGUGGAGUGGACGCAUUAA